AUGGCGCUUUGCAGCCAGCAGGAAAGAAAGCAGAAGAAGAGAAAGCAGGAGAAGGAAAAGCAGGAGAAGGAAAAGCAGGAGAAGGAAAAGAAAAAGCAGGAGAAGGAAAAGAAAAAGCAGAAGAAGGAAAAGAAAAAGCAGGAGAAGGAAAAGAAAAAGCAGGAGAAGGAAAAGAAAAAGCAGGAGAAGGAAAAGAAAAAGCAGGAGAAGGAAAAGAAAAAGCAGGAGAAGGAAAAGAAAAAGCAGAAGAAGGAAAAGAAAAAGCAGAAGAAGGAAAAGAAAAAGCAGGAAAAGAAAAAGCAGGAGAAGGAAAAGAAAAAGCAGGAGAAGGAAAAGAAAAAGCAGGAGAAGGAAAAGAAAAAGCAGGAGAAGGAAAAGAAAAAGCAGGAGAAGGAAAAGCAGAAGAAGGAAAAGCAGAAGAAGGAAAAGCAGAAGGAAAAGCAGGAGGAGGAAAAGGAAAAGCAGGAGAAGGAAAAGCAGAAGAAGGAAAAGCAGAAGGAAAAGCAGGAGGAGGAAAAGCAGGAGGAGGAAAAGCAGAAGAAGGAAAAGCAGGAGGAGGAAAAGCAGGAGGAGGAAAAGCAGAAGAAGGAAAAGCAGAAGGAAAAGCAGGAGGAGGAAAAGCAGGAGGAGGAAAAGCAGAAGAAGGAAAAGCAGGAGGAGGAAAAGCAGAAGAAGGAAAAGCAGGAGGAGGAAAAGCAGGAGAAGGAAAAGCAGAAGAAGGAAAAGCAGAAGAAGGAAAAGCAGGAGGAGGAAAAGCAGAAGGAAAAGCAGAAGGAAAAGGAAAAGCAGGAGGAGGAAAAGCAGGAGGAGGAAAAGCAGAAGAAGGAAAAGCAGAAGAAGGAAAAGCAGGAGGAGGAAAAGCAGGAGGAGGAAAAGCAGGAGGAGGAAAAGCAGAAGAAGGAAAAGCAGGAGGAGGAAAAGCAGGAGGAGGAAAAGCAGGAGAAGGAAAAGCAGAAGGAAAAGGAAAAGCAGGAGGAGGAAAAGCAGAAGAAGGAAAAGCAGAAGGAAAAGCAGAAGGAAAAGGAAAAGCAGGAGGAGGAAAAGCAGAAGAAGGAAAAGCAGAAGAAGGAAAAGCAGGAGGAGGAAAAGCAGGAGGAGGAAAAGCAGGAGGAGGAAAAGCAGAAGAAGGAAAAGCAGGAGAAGGAAAAGCAGGAGGAGGAAAAGCAGGAGAAGGAAAAGCAGGAGGAGGAAAAGCAGAAGAAGGAAAAGCAGGAGGAGGAAAAGCAGGAGAAGGAAAAGCAGGAGGAGGAAAAGCAGAAGAAGGAAAAGCAGGAGGAGGAAAAGCAGGAGAAGGAAAAGCAGGAGGAGGAAAAGCAGAAGAAGGAAAAGCAGGAGGAGGAAAAGCAGGAGGAGGAAAAGCAGGAGGAGGAAAAGCAGGAGAAGGAAAAGCAGGAGGAGGAAAAGCAGAAGAAGGAAAAGCAGAAGGAAAAGCAGAAGGAAAAGGAAAAGCAGGAGGAGGAAAAGCAGAAGAAGGAAAAGCAGGAGGAGGAAAAGCAGGAGGAGGAAAAGCAGAAGAAGGAAAAUCAGAAGAAGGAAAAGCAGGAGAAGGAAAAGCAGAAGAAGGAAAAGCAGAAGAAGGAAAAGCAGAAGAAGGAAAAGCAGGAGGAGGAAAAGCAGGAGGAGGAAAAGCAGGAGGAGGAAAAGCAGGAGGAGGAAAAGCAGGAGGAGGAAAAGCAGGAGGAGGGAAAGCAUAUCAGUCUGAGGAAUACAGGAACUUAA